AUGUACUACUACCACAAUUACGACCAGAUCAAUGGGAUCUGUUCUACCAAAAAAGUUAAUAGAUUAUCAAGGUAUAUAUACCCAUUGAGUAGUACUGAUAUUAUCUCGACUAACCAUCACAUUUCUAAUCAACUAUGGAACAACGGCAGGACAUUCACAACUACCUAUCCCAAUUCAAUUGAAAUAUCAUCUAAACAAUAUGAAAGGAUCUACAAUAAUGACCCAUUGGACUUAAGUAAUCCAUUAGAUUCAUUCCCAAGACGUCAUCUGGGACCUGCCCCUAAGGAUGUCCAGUCAAUGUUGAAGCAAAUGGGAUUCAAUGACCUAGAGUCAUUCAUCAAAGCAGUAAUCCCAUCAAACAUCCUAAACAACGAUACCACAGAUUCCCCAUUAGAUUUUGACCUUAAAGCUUCCACCUCUUCAUCGAAUGUCGGAUUUUCCGAACAAGAAAUGUUGAAACAUUUAACAAAUUUAGCAAACAAGAAUAAUUACAAGAUAAAAAAUUUCAUUGGGAAAGGAUACUAUAAUACCAUUGUACCACCUGUCAUCCAAAGGAACUUAUUGGAAUGUCCAGAAUGGUACACUUCAUAUACACCAUACCAACCUGAAAUUAGCCAAGGUAGGCUAGAAUCAUUAUUAAAUUUUCAAACUGUAAUUUCCGAUUUGACAGGUUUACCAAUUGCUAAUGCCUCUUUGUUAGAUGAAGGUACUGCCGCUGCCGAGGCAAUGUUAUUGGCAUUCAAUCUUACUAAGAAGAAGAAAUUCAAAUUCAUUGUUGAUAAGAAUGUCCACAAGCAAACGAAAAGUGUCUUAAGGACAAGAGCUAAACCUUUCAAUAUCGAACUCAUUGAAAUUGACUCAGUGUCAGAUUUUGAAAAUGCGAAGUACAUAAUUAAAGAAAAUGGAAAUGAUUUGAUCGGUUGUUUCGUCCAAUACCCUGAUACAAAUGGAUCUAUCCUAUCUGAAGAAAAACUGAAACAAUUAGCGGAAUUAACUCAUGGCGGGGGGAACGUUUCAAAAGCACCAUCCCAAUUGUUUAUAGUUGCAUCUGAUCUUAUGGCUUUGACGCUAUUGAAACCUCCUGGCCAAUUGGGAGCUGAUAUUGUAUUAGGUUCAUCACAAAGAUUCGGUGUCCCCAUGGGGUUUGGUGGUCCACAUGCUGCAUUCUUUUCUGUCAUUGAUAAGUUGAAUAGGAAAAUUCCAGGUAGAAUCGUGGGUGUCUCUAAGGAUAGAUUAGGUAAUCCAGCGUUGAGAUUAGCUUUACAAACCAGAGAACAACAUAUUAAGAGAGAUAAAGCUACGUCAAAUAUUUGUACUGCUCAAGCUUUAUUGGCUAAUAUAGCAGCUAAUUAUUGUGUGUACCAUGGUCCCGAGGGCUUACAAAAUAUUGCAAAGAGAAUUUAUGGUAUGACUACUGUUUUGGCUCAACAUAUCAAUUCCUCGAAAUGUGAGCAUUCUGUAAUCAACGAAUCAUGGUUCGAUACCUUGACGAUUAAAUUAAACGAGAAUGUCACAAAUUCCAAAAAAUUCUUAGAGAAAGCAUUGAAUGAAUUUAGUAUGAACCUCUUCAUGAGCGACUCACAAACAAUAUCAUUAUCAUUGGAUGAAGCUACUACCGAAGAUGAUCUAUCAAAUUUAAUAUUGUUGUUUUCGAAGGAGAAAACCAUUGCGCCUGAUUCCAAUUUUGCUUCAAAACUGCCAGAGUUCCCUUUAGAUAACUUGCGUACAGAACCCUUCUUAAUAAACCCAGUAUUCAACAAAUAUCAUAGUGAAACUGCUAUGUUAAGAUAUUUACAUCAUUUGCAAACGAGAGAUCUUUCCUUGGCCAAUUCAAUGAUCCCACUGGGUUCAUGUACCAUGAAAUUAAACAGUACAGUGGAAAUGAUGCCCAUUACAUGGCCUCAAUUCACAAACAUACAUCCCUUCCAACCAUCAUCACAAACAAAGGGAUAUCAAGAAAUGUUUACUAAUUUAGAAAAGGACCUUUGUAAUAUAACAGGGUUUGAUGCUAUUUCAUUACAACCAAAUUCAGGAGCCUCAGGAGAGUACACAGGAUUAAGAGUCAUCAAAACAUAUCUAGAAUCUCAAGGACAACCGCAUCGCAAUGUCUGUUUAAUCCCCAUCUCGGCACAUGGAACCAAUCCGGCAUCUGCAGCCAUGUGUGGAUUGAAAACCGUCUCAGUGAAUUGUUUAAAUGAUGGAUCAUUGGACUUAAACGAUUUGAAAUUGAAAGCGGAAAAGUAUAAAGAUGAAUUAGCCGCUGUAAUGAUCACUUAUCCUUCCACUUAUGGUCUUUUUGGACCAAGUGUUCAAGAGGCAUUCGAUAUCGUACAUGAGAAUGGCGGACAAGUUUAUUUGGAUGGCGCGAAUAUGAAUGCUCAAGUUGGAUUGACUUCACCUGGGUUCCUUGGUGCAGAUGUUUGCCAUUUGAAUUUACAUAAGACAUUUGCCAUACCACAUGGUGGGGGUGGGCCAGCAGGAGCACCUAUAUGUGUUAGGAGUCAUUUGAAACCAUUUCUACCAGGGCAUGACGUUGUUAAGAUGAUCACUUCAGGUGGAAGUGAUGACCCUUCGAGGACAAUUGAUUCUGUUUCUUCAGCCCCAUAUGGGAAUGCAUUAGUUUUACCAAUUUCUUAUGCUUAUAUAAGAAUGAUGGGAUCUAAGGGGUUACCAUAUUCCAGUGUUAUUGCCAUUUUGAAUGCUAAUUAUAUGAUGAGUAGAUUACAAGAAUACUAUAAGAUUUUAUUUAUUAAUGGGAGUAGUUCAUUCAAACAUUGUGGUCAUGAAUUUAUUGUUGAUUUAAGAGAAUAUAAAGAACAUGGUAUUGAAGCAAUUGAUAUUGCUAAAAGAUUACAGGAUUAUGGGUUCCAUGCACCCACGUUGGCCUUCCCAGUUCCUGGAACUUUAAUGGUAGAACCAACAGAAUCUGAAAAUUUAGAAGAAUUGGAUCGUUUUAUUGAGUCAAUGAUAUCCAUCAAGAAUGAGAUUGACUUAUUUAUGAAGGGUGAUCCUAGAGGUAAAGUUUUGAAAAUGUCACCACAUUCUAUGGAAGAUAUUAUCAAUGGAGAAGACUGGGAACAACGUGGCUAUACUCGCGAGUUUGCAGCUUAUCCAUUACCGUUUUUAAAAGUGAACAAGUUCUGGCCUGUAACUACUCGUUUGGAUGAUAUAUAUGGUGACACGCAUUUGCAUUGUACAUGUCCUAGCGUAGAAGAAAUGGAAGCGAAAUGGCGAGAGGAAUCAUGA